GUAUGUCAGGGGCGGGGCUAAAGCUUGGCGGGGCCGGGCGGAGAGACGACGGCGCUGAGUGGAAGCACGUGACCAAGGCCUGAAGUAGGAAGGUACGGGUCUGGUCCGGAGCUCCCCCAGUACCUAAGGCUGCGAUGACUUCUACAUUGACCCAGGGGCUGGAGCGAAUCCCAGAUCAGCUUGGCUACCUGGUGCUGAGUGAAGGUGCAGUGCUGGCGUCAUCUGGGGAUCUUGAGAAUGACGAGCAGGCAGCCAGUGCCAUCUCCGAGCUGGUCAGCACGGCUUGCGGUUUCCGGCUGCACCAAGGCAUGAAUGUACCCUUCAAGCGCCUGUCCGGUGUGUCUCUCCUCCAGUGGUCUUUGGAGAACACACACUGCUGGUGACCGUGUCAGGACAGAGGGUGUUUGUGGUGAAGAGGCAGAACCGAGGCCGGGAGCCCAUCGAUGUCUGAACCUACCAGAGGGCAAGGGUCUGAGAAGUGGAUGGGGCCACAGGCCUCUGUGAUGAGGAAGGCACGAAUGGCCUCCACCUCUUCUUGGCUUGCCGUUAGAGGUCUUCUACGUACCCACCUCCCCGAUCUCCAUCUGGAAGGACAGAGGCUUGGGGACUUUGCACUGUGUUAAGGAGAACAAGGGCAAAGAGACUUCCCUCUCCCUUUCCUUCCACCUAAUAAACGUGAGUCUGAUGUUCCUGG